CCUUCACAACCGGUCCUGCAAUUUUAUUGCCAUUUGAAAACAAAACUGCCGAUGGUAGCAUGUCUCGCUUGCCAAUUGCCAUUUCGCCGGAAGCCAGACCCAAUUCCAUCGUUCGAGCCCACGCACGUUCAUCUAGAAUAGACAAGAAUGAUGCGUAAUUUGACACAUCCGUUUUGGCGCUUUCUGAUCUAGAGCGGUUGCUUGGCGAUUUGCAACUCGUAACCUCCUGUCCUGCCCCUCUCCGGUCUGCGUGCACGCACGCGCGGUGCUGCCGCUUGCCCGUUGCAAACGCCAACCUGAUUUAAUCGGAAAUUCAUUUCAGUUUCAGUGUCAGGGGCGCUUGUGCCUGAAAAACGAACGAAACCAAGAGCGCGUCCGUCCGUUUCGAAAAAAGAAUAGCGCGUGAGGUAGGGCAGAAGCGUUAAUAUUCGUUCCCAUUUCGUCAGUCGUCAGUCGACAAGGAUGGUUCCCGACCUUUUCCACACCCAUUGUUCCCUACUUUGCAUCGAUGCGCACUCGCUCGUGACUGUGGGGUUCAUUACCAUCAGGCGAACCGCUGCCUCGCAUUCGAGAAGCUCUUCUAGAGCUUCUCUUUCUUCCUUUCUUCUCUGAGUUUCCGGGGCUGUACAAACACACACCUACAUCCUCAGUAGGUCUUCGGAAGAGAGUUGACGGGGUCCUAAUUCUUUCUUUCUGUGGCCGGGAUCCAGCUUGGAUUACCACCAACACCAACUGAACUGUUUUUACAGAGACCAUUAAGAGAACUUAUCAAUUCCUAAAUUAAAAGCUUGCUGUGGAAGACAAAAGUAAAUAUCGGCGCCCGACUAGAAGCCUUUUCUUCCACGCGCCUGGGCGAGUCUCCACGGAACAGCGACGGGAGGUACUAGUACAACAGACGACUUCCGUGGCACACUCUCGUUACGUACGUAUGCGCGACACCGGACUGGUCAAAGGUUGAGCAAGAGGGGCUUCCCGGCAUGUCCCUCUCAUCGGCCUGCCAUGCCAGUCGCCGGAGAAACUCGCAAGGCCUCCGCCACUUAUAAACGCAGAGGAGGAGGAGCGGCAAGAAACAAACGGCCCGGUGCAGACAGCCACCAAACCAGAGAGGAGAAAAAGGAGACCCUCGCUCGCCUAACUCCAUUAGCCGAUAGCCAUGCCCCUCUUGAUAUGCCACCGGCUCCUGCUGCUUCUCCUCCUCUGGGUCGCCACAUCCCAUGGCGAUUCAUCUGAUGAUGGGGCUUACGACCCCUCCAUGUGCCUGAAUCAACCUUACACCUGCGGAGAGGUGAGGAUCAGCUACCCGUUCUAUCUCUAUGAAGAAACAAAAGAUAUCAAGGGCAACAACUUCUACUGCGGAUACCCUGGCCUGGGGAUCAUCUGCGACGACAACAAGCCCAUCCUGCAGCUCAACAGCAUCGCCAACUACACGGUCAACAGCAUCGACGGCGCGCUCGCAACCGUCUCUCUAGCCGACCCGAACGUCGACGACGACCGCAACACCUGCCCGAGACCAAGAAUCGAUCACAACAUCACUUUGCAAAAGGGAUCGCUGCUGUACUUUCCUGACAGCGCGGUCGAUUACCUUAUCUUCUUCAUCGACUGCAUCUUCAACUCUACCUUCCACCAACCGAAUAGCAUCUACCCGAUCAGCUGCGAAGGCUUUGAUGCUGGUCCUCGUCCUGGACUAUCCUUCGUGCUUCCGGAUGAUGCAGUGCCCACCGGCAACUGGGUGCAAGCGUGCAACCAAGUCAUACAAUUGCCUGUGCACAAAUACGGCGAGAUCAACCUUACUGACCCUGGAUGGACAAACGGGAGUGGAUAUGCCAGUGUUCUUCGUCAGGAAUUCCAGCUGGGAUGGAACGAGAGCGCGAAGGACCCGGCAUGUAUCCAGUGCGAGGGAUCCAAUCCCAAGGGACAGUGCGGUUACAGUCGGACCGGCGAUUUCAUCGGCUGCUUGUGCCCUGACGGCCUAGUACACUCCGAUAAUACUUGCAAUAAAUCCCGUCGUCGGCACUCAAAGGACAGAACGAAAAUAUAUACGAUAGCAGGGAGCUCAGGCAUACUUAUGCUAUGUCUGCUUCUCUUUGCAUUCUGGUUGGGCUACAAGAAGUACAGAUCCAAAGGGAAAUCAAAGGAGACAGCAAGGAUUGAGUCCUUCCUACAGAAGAAUGGAACGGUCCAUCCAAAAAGAUACACUUAUGCACAAGUGAAAAGAAUGACGAGAUCUUUUGCUGAAAAGCUAGGUCAAGGUGGAUUUGGUGCUGUUUACAGAGGUGGCCUCUCGGAUGGCCGUCAGAUAGCUGUGAAGAUGCUAAAGGACUACAAGACUGAUGGGGAGGAUUUCAUCAACGAGGUAGCUAGCAUUAGUAGAACUUCUCAUGUCAACGUUGUUACGCUCUUAGGAUUUUGCUUGGAAGGAUCCAAAAGGGCACUAAUUUAUGACUAUAUGCCUAAUGGUUCACUUGAAAGGUAUGCUUUCAAAGAUGGCUCUGAAGGUGGAAACAUUUUGGGUUGGGAGAAAUUAUUUGAUAUAGCAGUGGGAAUUGCUCGAGGACUCGAAUAUCUCCACAGAGGAUGCAACACUCGCAUAGUGCAUUUUGAUAUCAAGCCCCACAACAUCCUGUUGGAUCAAAACUUCUGUCCAAAGAUCUCUGAUUUCGGGCUGGCCAAGCUGUGCCUCAAUAAAGAAAGUGUCAUCUCCAUUGGUGGUGCAAGAGGAACAAUAGGCUACAUUGCCCCCGAGGUUUACUCGAAGCAAUUUGGAGCAGUAAGUAGCAAGUCUGAUGUGUACAGCUAUGGAAUGAUGGUUCUUGAGAUGGUUGGGGCAAGGGAUAAGAAUAUCAGUCCAAACACUGAAUCUAGCAGCCAAUAUUUCCCACAAUGGAUUUAUGAACACUUGGAUGAAUACUGUAUCAGUGCUUCUGAGAUUGAUGGAGAGAUCACCGAGGUUGUAAGGAAGAUGAUAGUGGUUGGGCUGUGGUGCAUUCAGUUAAGUUCUACAGAUCGUCCAACAAUGACUAGAGUCGUCGAGAUGCUUGAAGGGAGCACAACCGGCCUUGAAUUGCCACCAAAAGUGCUCUUGAGUUGA